AUGUCUGCCUACUCUGAUCUUCCUAGCUCACCCCAGUCGCCCGCAAGUAUGUCUUCGAGGCGGUUCACAAACAGAAACACCAACCGGUACAGCGUCACCGCGUUCUUCAGUAUGACUGCGGAGCAGGACGUAGAUGUCGAGGAUGAACUGGGCCGAGCACAAAAGCGACUGAGGGAGCUCAAGUCUCGCAUCUCGUCCCAAUCAAAGCGGAACUUUGUGCUCGAGCGCGAUGUGCGCUUCCUAGACUCGCGCAUCGGACUGCUCAUCCAGAACCGAAUGGCACUUGACGAGCAAAACGAAGUGGAGCGACACCUCGAAGAGGUGGAUGCGACGGAGGGACACUAUCCGGACGACCGGAAGAUGCAGCAAUACUCGAAUCUGUUCUUCCUGCUGCAGUCUGAGCCGCGACACAUCGCGUCGCUGUGCCGGCUCGUGAGCUUGACGGAGAUCGAUACACUGCUGCAGACGGUGAUGUUCACGCUGUACGGCAACCAGUACGAGAGCCGGGAAGAGCACCUGCUGCUGACCAUGUUCCAGUCUGUGCUCUCGUCGCAGUUCGAGACGGCAACCGAGUUCGGGUCCCUGCUCAGGGCGAACACGCCGGUGUCGCGGAUGAUGACAACAUAUACGCGCCGCGGGCCGGGACAGAGCUACCUCAAGAGCGUACUCGCAGAGCGCAUCAACAGCCUCAUCGAGCACAAGGAUCUGAACCUCGAGAUCAACCCGGUCAAGGUUUACGAGCAAAUGAUCAUCCAGAUUGAAGAAGAGACCGGUUCUCUUCCACCCAACCUACCGCGUGGAGUGCCCCCGGAGGUCGCUUCAAACAACGUGGAUGUGCAGGCCAUCAUUGCUCCUAGACUGACCAUGCUUAUGGAGAUUGCUAACAGCUUCUUGCUGACAAUCAUCGAGAGCAUGGAGAGCGUACCAUAUGGUAUUCGAUGGAUCUGCAAGCAGAUCAGGAGUCUGACACGGCGGAAAUAUCCUGAUGCCACAGAUUAUGCUAUAUGCUCACUUAUUGGUGGAUUCUUUUUCCUUCGCUUCAUCAACCCUGCCAUCGUUACUCCGCAAGCGUAUAUGCUUGUCGAGGGCGUUCCAGCGAAAUUCCCGCGGAGGACGUUGACCCUAAUCGCCAAGAUGUUGCAGAAUCUGGCGAAUAAGCCGUCAUACGCGAAGGAGGCCUAUAUGAUCACCCUCAAUCCCUUCGUAGAGAACAACAAGGCGAGGAUCAACCAAUUCUUAAACAACCUUUGUGAAGUGGGCGACUUCUACGACACACUAGAAAUGGACCAAUACAUGGCAUUGUCGAAGAAGGAUCUGGUGAUAAACAUUACUCUGAAUGAGCUUUACAACACACAUUCCCUUAUCCUCCAACAUAUCGAAGCUCUUUCACCAAACGACAAACAGCAUCUCCGGAUCCUAACCGACGAGCUUGGCCAGGCACCACCGCAAGUUCCCCGCAAAGAGAACCGUGCGAUCGAGCUUCAUCUCUACAGCCGGUGGGAGACACCGAUCCAGGAUAUCCAGAGCGCGCUCAUGGAUUCUGUGUCCUCGAGCGAUAUGCUGUACAUGGAGGCGAAGUCUAUCUUCGUGCAGCUGGUUCGUUCUCUCCCGCAUGCAUCGGACAAGCGGCCAUACAACCUGCCGGCCAUCGCGGAGAGCGCUGCAACGACGAAGGAUGCGACCCUCGUGCGCAAGGGCAUCAAAGUCAAGGAGAUGUUGCGCGAGCUCGAAGAGCAGAAGGUCGUCGACAGCGCCGAUGGGUACAAGCUCAUGCAGGAUGAGGUCGCUGCGGAGCUCGUGCAUCUAGGCAACCUGCGCGAGAAAGUCAUCCUAGAGACUAAGUCGCUUGACGCCGUAUUUAAGACGAUCUGCGACCACAACAACUAUCUGCGCGGCCAGUUGGAGCAGUACAAGGCGUAUCUGCAGAAUGUGCGCCUGACGUCGUCAAAGGAUAAGGGCUCCUCGACGGGGGUCGGCGUUGUCACUGUGGGUGGUAAGGAGAAGAAGCCACUGAAGCCGGUUGUGCAUGGACCAUAUCGCUUCACUCACGCACAGCUUGAGAAGGAGGGAAUUAUUGUGGAGAGCAAUGUCCCUGACAAUAGACGGCCAAACAUCUACUUCAACUUCACGUCUCCAACACCAGGAACGUUCAUCAUUGCGCUCCAUUACAAGGGCCGAGAGAAGGCUAUCCUGGAGAUGGACCUUAACAUAGACGACCUCUUGGAGAAGCAAAAAGACAACAAACACCUGCUAGACCUGGAGUACGUGCAGCUCAACGUGCCGAAGGUUCUCGGGCUUCUCAACAAGAUCUUCACGAAACGAUGA